GUGCAAUGGUCGGCCAUUGUGCAUUCCGCGACCGUCGCCACUCGUCUGCCCACAAACACACUCGUCCGAUGGACAGCGUGAUCGAGUUCGUCCCGCGGGUCGUGUACUACACGUCGUUCUCGGAAGGCGCGACGCCCAGGUCCACGUCCGACGUCGUGUACUUUAGUAUUGACCGGCAGCUCCUGUACACAAACUUUUACCUGGACUUUGGACCGCUCAACCUGGGCCACACGUUCUUGUUUAGCCAAGUGCUCAACGACGAACUGAGUCGCGUCAAACCGUUGGGAAAGAAGCUCGUGUUCUACUCGUCCACGGACGGCAAGCGCAAGGCGAACGCGAUAUGCAUCCUGGCGUGCUGGGGCAUCCUGUACAACCGCAUGACAGCCGCCGACGCGAUCGCGCCGUUCCAAAAGAUGCUACCCACGCUGCCCCCGUUCCACGACGCCACACCGACCAUGUGCGUGUUCAAACUCACGGUGCUGGACUGCCUCUGUGGGCUCGAGAAGGCGCUGCGACACCGGUUUCUCGACACAGCGACGUUUUGCGUGGACGAGUACCAGCACUACGAGCAAGUCGAGAACGGCGAUCUCAACUGGCUUUCCCCCAAGUUCAUUGCGUUUGCUGGCCCCCACGACGUGUACCGGCACACGGCAGAAGGCUACAUCUCGCUCACACCCGAGCACUACGUCCCGUACUUUAAAUCGAAGCACGUCACGCUCGUCAUUCGGCUCAACGAGAGCCUGUACGACGAGUCGCGGUUCAAAGCCGCGGGCAUCGACCACCUGGAUCUGUACUACCCUGACGGCGCCAACCCCCCGAACGACAUCCUCGACCGAUUUCUUGCCGCGUGUGAGGCCACGCCCGGUGCCGUCGCGGUGCAUUGCAAAGCAGGUCUUGGGCGUACGGGAACGUGUAUUGGAGCGUACCUGAUGAAGCACUUCCACUUUACCGCGAAAGAGUGCAUUGGGUGGCUCCGGUUGUGUCGAGCGGGCAGCGUCAUCGGCCCUCAGCAGCAGUUCAUGGAAGCGAUCGAAGCUCGCAUGUGGAGCUACAAGACCGUAGCUCACGACACUGAGUCGACAAGUGGGCACAAAGUGCUUGCUCCCACCGUCUUGCACGAGUCAUCUCCUGCCAAAGCCAAAUCGAUGGCCCUCAGCAUGGUCAAAGCUUCCACCCCCGUCACUGCCAACAUCAUCGUGCCUGGUAGAUCCGCUAUCAAACAGACCAUGACGCUGCCCACGAGGGUCGUCCCUGGUUCCACGUCGCCGCUGCAUCUUCCACCUUCGUCCCCGAACAAAGCAACCGCGCUCAAAGCAACCCUCCGACUCAACCUGUCAUUUCAAAGCUCCAAGACCAGCUCGAGCCCCACGUUGUCCCCAACGAAACCAUCGGAAGCCACGGGCGCGCCCCUUCUAGAAUCCCCGAAAACCCAAGGCGACAACCUCCGCGAGCUCAAACACACAUGGUCCAAGAGCCCCAACCACAAAAGCCCGACACAUGCCGCCGUUAGUAGAAGCUUUGGAGAUGACCAUGAAUAGAACUCUGGAACGCUGGCCGUUGCGGACCCAUCGAUCCGCCACCUUGAUCAACUACAGCUCCUGCACCUUUCGCGCACGGCUUGGAGCACGAUGCUAGUCCAUGCAGCG